AUGAAGAGUUUAUCUGCUAUCGCAUUGGCCGCCUUUAUAGGGCUCCAGCGAGUUUAUGCCUCAGAUAGCUGUGUGAUCAACUAUCAUACUGUCACAACUGUCGAAUAUGUCUACAAGCCAUAUCCGAGCGAUUUUACGUCUCAGUUUUCUGCUGUCAAGUCCAGUGCUUCUCAGUCAUCAGAGAUCUCAACUUUAGAUGAUGAGGAAGACACUACUACGGCUACAAGCUCAGCAUCUUCAUCCUCUUCCUUGACCACUUCUUCAAGCUCAGAAGUUGCAACCAGCUCAUCUGCAAGUUCGAGUGAGUCUGCAAGCUCCGAAAGCACGAGCUCAAUACAGUUAGGAUUUGUCUACAAUCCAUCUACUUCGUCUUUCGAGUCCACAACAUCGUCCUCGUCUUUGAGCGAAGCAGUUUCAACCAGUGCUUCUUCAACUUCGGCAUCGUCUACAUCUACAUCUGAAUCAUCUACAUCUAAACCAUCCAUAUCGUCUACAACAUCUAAGUCGUCCACAUCCACAUCAUCCACACCAUCAACCUCAUCCUCUAAAACAACUUCUAAGUCUUCCUCCUCUACUUCUUCAACAGCUGCAUCCACAUCCACAGGCUUCGACUUUGCUCAGGUCUACCUUGACAUGCACAACAAGUAUAGAAGCCUCCAUGAGGAUACUCCAGACAUGACUUGGAACUCUGGUGUUGCAGCGGUUGCUCAAACAUAUGCCGACUCGUACUCUUGCGAUGGUGUCCUCAGUCACUCCGGCAACAAGUAUAAUGGCUCCGGUCUUGGUGAAAACCUUGCUUAUGGUUAUGACUUUGAUGAUGCCGGUGCAGUUACCGCCUGGUACGAUGAAAUCUCUGACUACAAUUACGACGAUCCAGGAUUCAGCGAGAAAACUGGCCAUUUCACACAGGUUGUUUGGAAGUCAAGUACCGAAUUGGGAUGUGGUUACAAGUACUGCGGAAGUUACUACGGAUACUACAUUGUGUGCAACUACUUACCUCAAGGAAACAUCGUCUCUUCUGGUAGCGAUUCUGCUAUCUACUUCGAGGAGAACGUCUUGCCUCUAAAGAGCUGA